CUUCUUCUUCUUCUUGCUCCCUCCUCCUCUCAUCUUCGCGCGCGCUUAAGCUAUCGUUCUCCAUAGCUUUCCACACAACAUCGAAAUCGAAAUGCCAGUUUCAGCACCGUCUCCGCCUCGUCUUCUUCACUCCCCGUUCAUCCACCGUCCAAUCAAUUUCACUCCGUCGUCAUUCUCCGCGAAGAAUCUCCGGUCUCCGGCAACAACAACAACAUCUUAUCCCCGAAUCAAAGCUGAACUCGAUCCCAACACGGUAGUCGCAAUAUCUGUUGGCGUCGCUAGCGUCGCGUUAGGAAUUGGAAUCCCUGUGUUCUACGAAACUCAAAUCGACAAUGCCUCUAAGCGAGAGAAUACUCAACCUUGUUUUCCCUGCAAUGGAACCGGAGCUCAGAAAUGUAGAUUGUGUGUGGGAAGUGGUAAUGUGACAGUAGAGCUUGGUGGUGGAGAGAAAGAAGUCUCCAACUGCAUCAACUGUGAUGGUGCUGGUUCUUUAACUUGCACUACUUGUCAAGGCUCUGGUGUUCAACCUCGAUACCUUGAUCGAAGGGAGUUCAAGGACGAUGACUAAAUAAAUGUCUUUGCACUAGAGAAAACAGAUCAAAGUAUCUUUUUUUCCUCCCUUCUCACAUUUCUUCAUUGUACAAUGCUGUUUUGUUCACCAAGCAUAUGACAGAACAACAUGUUGUAUCAAAGAGAUCAAUCAAAAUGUUUCUUCCGUUGUAAUGAAGUAGCAUGACAUAACAACAUGUAUCUUCAUCUUGCUGAUACUAUUUUUUA